CCUCGCGCGGCGUGACGGUACUCCGAGUCCGAGGUUUUGCGGUCGCCGUCGUCAUCGCCAGCGCACGUGCGUCGUCCACCCGUAGACAAUCGCGACGAUCGCAGAUAGAUAAUAAGAAUAAUAAUAUAUUGUACCGCAACGCGUCCGGGGACAGUCGURUCGUAACCGCCCUCUCCGCUUCGCAAACGGACGAUGCCGGUCCGAGGGUAGAUUUGAAAUUUUUUUUUUUUAAAGUUCGUUUGCCGCGGUUUUUUCUCCCCCCUCCCGCCGACCGGUACCGCCGCAGCAGUAACAGUACCAUCGCGACGACGUAAUGACUAUUACGAGGACGGAAACUCCAACACCGCCACGGCCUCGACGGACCGUCUUCGUCGGAGUGCCUCGUCCCACGGCCGUCGUGGCGGUGCUGGCCACGGUUGCUGUGGCCGUGGCCGGUGGCAGUGGUGGCGCGUACGCAAGGCUCACGUCCUCCAGAUCGGCCGCCUGUACGCUUUCCGAAUUCGAGUGCUCCUCCUCGUCGUCUACUGCAGCCGACGAAGACGACGACGACGCCACCACGGCCACCGCCACCGUACGCUGCGUGCCGUCUAUCAAGUACUGCGACGGCCGGCGUGACUGUCCGGACGGAUCAGACGAACCGCAUUACUGCACACCAUGCAAUCGAACUUAUUACGGAGAUGUCGGAAAAACGUACGAAUUUGAAUUACAUCGUCCGAAACCCGACAAAUUACCAUUCAUCUGUUUUAUAAAACUCGUGGCACCAGGUCAUCAUUUGGGAGAUUUAAUACAAGUGACUUUGGACAGUUUCACCAUUGGGCGGUUUGCUUCGUACACAAAUGCUGGAUGUCCGGAUGGUGACCUGCACAUCACUGAAUCUGACAGGCCGGCUGUGUCUGGUGGAUGGUGCGGUACAUCUUGGGCACCGGCCCACUACUACAGCGAGACGAAUUCUAUCACUUUGCUGGUCCGGUUAUACACGCUAUCCAGCCUGGACAACACGGGUUACAACUUCGACUUCCGACUGGGCUACAAAAUGCUUAACCGGAACCGUGCGGUCGUCCGGUACGGCGAACAAAAAAUGUUUGCGAGAGUAAACGAAUCGUUUCACAUGGGUGACCUCAUGGAAGGCACGUACUGCUCGCGGAUAUUCAGCAACUGCGACAAGAAGAGGUGCGUGCUGCAGUCACCCAACUACCCUGGGCUCUAUCCAAGAAACUUGACUUGCUACUACGCCAUCCGACAACACUCGAUACCGUAUGGCCACCAGGCGUUGAUAUCCAUCACACAGCCGUACAGUCGUCUGGUUUCGAUCAAGACGGACCGGAUGAAUCCCGAAGGAGCUGACCCGAAGCCCGUCGAACGGAAGGACUGGAGCAAGUGUGAUAAUGUACCGGAUUUUGUGACGGUUUAUGAUGGAUACACAACUAGAGAUCCGAUUUUGUUGAGAUUCUGUGGAUCAGGUGAAACUGUGCCUGUGACAACAUCUAGUGGGCCUGAACUGUUGGUUCAAUUUUCUACGUCACCAUAUGGCACUCUGAUGUAUCCAUUUGGUCCACUUCACGGUUUUCAACUUCAAGUUCAAGUACACUUUGUGGAAAUCGAAUCGAUCAAGUACACAAAAAACAAGCGAUGUGAAUUCUGGAUACGGAACACGGGCCGUGGAUGGUUACACGCACCUUAUCACUCUUUGCCGGAGAACACAACGUGCUGGUACCAUCUACAAGCCACCCCGACAGGUGUCGCGGCUGCCGGAUAUCCAGUGGAUCGUGAAUCUGGUUCCGGUCCCAGGUACAAGGUGUGGGUAUCCGUACUCAAGUUUUACGUGACGGGCCCGCAAACCCGGGACUGCACGACCAACCUGAUGGUGUGGGACGGUAGCUCAUCUUGUCAUCCGUUCUGUGAUUCGAGAAACGUCUCGUCGUCCGUUUACCAGCACAASAACAGCACGCUGUUGGCCAACUACUGUCCCGGCCAAUCUCCAAGGUCUUGCGAUCAUUUCCUGUUGACCCGGCAACAGCGUCCGUGCACGCUAUCAGAGAGUUUUCUGUCCACGUCCCGGUCGCUCACCGUCCAGUUGAACAUACAACACGCCACGGCUCUCAGACCCGUAUCGUUUAAAGCUCUAUACGAAUUCGUCGACCUUCACCAGGACGGAAGCUCGUGGCCCGAAACCGGAAGUAUGUGCUCCAGGAUUUUCCGAAGGCCCACGCACUCACCUUCUAGUACAAUAGCCAUCCGUUCGCCUAAAAACGUAUUCUUUUACGGAAGAGGAGGCAAUAAAAAUUUAAGUUGCGUAUUCAGACUGGAAGGACAGCCCGGCGAUGUGGCUAAGGUGACAAUACUUAAGAUCAGUUCGGGAGACCGGAGUUGUUAUAGCCGUUUGAACAAAGACCGAGGUACUUUACAGUGCGUGGGCGACAUCGGAUCGUCUCUGAGUGUUUUUGAUGAGGUGAACGGACCUAAAACCAUGCUGGUGCCAAGGCACUGUUUGUGUUCGACCAACGCGUCCCUGUUGCCGUAUACGUUUGUCACGUUGGGCUCGAAGGCUUCGAUGGUGUGGGACGUAUCCAACAUGAACUCCACCGAAGACUUCCGACUUCACUACUUCGAGGCCACCGUGCAAUUCGUCAGGAGAGAGGUGGUGCCGAAACGAUGUGAGGUGAAGAGCAACCUGCUGACCGGUCCAGGCGGCCAUUUCACGUUUCACUCGCAUCACAACACCACGUGCGAAUCCCACUUCGUCAUACUUACGCAAAAACAGUUCACCAACAGCUAUCUGUACGCUAAGUUGCCCGGGUUGGCGAUGCCGGAUUCAUCGCACGCGGUGCCAAACAACACACAGCACGUGCACUGUCCGACCAACAAUCGGUUCAUAGUACACGCCGGCGACACGAGCCACACAGUCGUUUGUCCGGAUCCGUACUACACAGUUGAGGUGUUUUCAGAUGGAUGGCACACCAGAGACGUCAUGUCUAAUUCUUCACGAGAUAUCGUCAUCGAGUUCAUUCCAAUCGAUCCGGGAUCGUACACAGUGUCUUGGAUACAACUCUCGUCCAGGAUUCGAGCAGACGGGCCGUACUGUCACAGUCAGUGUCCGGAGCUUGAGGCGUGCAUCAACGAGUCGCUGUGGUGCGAUGGCGUGGAACACUGUCCUUCCGGUUACGACGAAUCGUUCGGGUACUGCAUGCACCUGCUCUACACGCACCUGGUAUACAGCAUCGCUCUGACCGUGGCCAUCAUCAUCGUGGCCGUGUCGUCGGGGCUCACCGUCUUGUGGUUCCGGCGGUUCCGGUCGGCGACAUCCGCGGCAGCCAGAUGCCGGAGCCUGCAGUCGGCCAAGUCCGCGGAGACGGAGGCGGUCGUGUCGGCGCGCGACGUGGUUUACUGACAUCAGGUCAACGACGUAGUGCACUACGUCGAAUACGAUCGCGUCACCACCGUCUGAUCGGAAGCGGGCAAUCACCGCCGCCGUCGUCAUCAUCAUCAUAAUCAAUACGCGCGUGCCUAUAAUUAUUAUACAUUAAAAUAAUGUAGCUCCCAUAAUUUAUACACCAGAGGUAUUUAAACUGUGUGUCGCGGCUCCCAGCCGUGUCCUAUAAUUGAAAAUCAAUAUUAAAUAUUUAGUUAUUUUUUCUUCAUAUAAUAUUAUGAUGUCAUAUGACGAAUAAAUAAUUAAUAUAAAUUAUACGCAUAUGCAUUAUAAACAUUGAUUUUUUGUCAUUUAUAAUUUGGGAUCCGUCAACAUUUUGUGAUGACCCAAAGUAGACGUGAGAUGAAAAAGUUUGAAUACCUCUGUUUCAUACCAUUGCCGUGGCGUUAUGCCCGAUCUACACGUGGCUAGUACUUCAUACUAGGGUAGCAAUAGAUAAUGACAUAUUUAUAUAUUUAUAUUGUAAAGCUAGAAAUCUAUACCGAAGAAUUAACUAUAGACAUAAUAUAGCGAGAGUGAUUCAAGUCAGAAUGGUUUAAUAAGGUGAAGUUUUGUUUUUUGACUAAAUGGUUAGUAAUAAGCCAGGAUAAUCACUGUAUAAGUACUAGGUAUCGCAAUCAUUCUAUCCUAGCUUGAAAUACUAGCCUUGUGUAGACCGGGCAUUAAGGAGAGACAUUUAUUUCAUUUUAUAAAAUACGCGUUUUUUGGGGGGAGAGAGAGGGGAGGGAAUCUCAUCCAAAAACGUCUAUUAUUGCCACGGGUACAACUCAUUUACAUUACUAUAAAUAAUGUAUACAUUUUAGGAAUUAUGGUUGUGCAGUGUAAUGAAUGGUACAGAGUUUUCGUUGCGAAAGUUGAUGAUAUUUUAUUGGGUGAACGAAUACCGUAAUCAUAGACCGACGCGUCAACAGAGUAUCGAAUAUUAUUUGGGGGAGAAAAAAACAUUAUGUCACGCGCCGUGCGGAAAAGACUUUUGGUUUGAGUGCGGCGUGCGAGACUUGCGACUGAUGUUGUACGUAUAUGCUUUAUUAUUUUUUCUCUUUCUUUCUCUCUUUUCAUCGCCAAAUCACAUGGUUCGCAGGAUUCGGGCAACUGAACGCCAACGCCUCCUCAUGCUGUACCCGUCCCGCGCGCCCCACCCAAAGCCAAUAAUAUCAGUCCUGAUCAGCAGGCCGUGAAAUCGACGUUAUGCUCGAUCCAAACAUAUAUUAUCUGACUCGACCUAGUUAAUUCUUUUUUCGCCGCAGACAUCGCCACCGCCACCGUCGCCACCGCUCGACGGUCGCCAAAUUUCGGUCGUAAUUUUCUGACUUGUAAAAACAAAAUAUCCGAACCGUGCAAUAUCGUUGUUAUUGCGUACACCGCACGCUCUCAUCAAAUGGUGGAUAAGAGGGUUUGGGGGUGAGGGUCUAUCCGGCGGCAGAUUUGUUUUGCAAUUUCGCGUGAAGUCCAAUAUUAUAUCACAUAAACAUAAUGUUAUAUUAUUAUGCGGACCCCGAGGACGUACGAGAAUAUUAGCUAAUAUAACGCGAUCAUAUUCAAUGAAACCGAAAUAUUUUUCCAAUGAUUUCGCAAUGUAUGAAAAAUGAAUUUCGAACCAGUGGUCGUUUAGACAUUUAAUUACAUUUUAUUUUUAGAUUGAACGUAGAGGAAAUUAGAUACCUUGCAAAAUAUUGGUGCACUUCUCCGCUCGUCCCAAUUUAUGGCGAGUAUUUUAAGUUUUGUUCGCAGUUCGAAGUUCGAUUUGUUUAUAACGUAUUCUGCUUCGGCGUAUGAAACUAAAAUUUAGGUAUCUAGUAAUAUUUACGAAAUAAAAAAAAAACAUAUAAAUACAACACAAAAUAUUAGGUAUAGGUAAAUGCAGUUUUAGUUCACAUGCGAUUUUUUUGAUUUUUUUCUCCAAAUAAAUGUCUGUUUUAAUGCAUUGAAUACAAAACUCAAAACUAAUUCAAAAAUUUUCGCAAAUCAUUAUUUGGAAGUUAUAUCUUUCCAAAGUUUACGAUUUUACGUAUUUACACAUGCAUGCGCUAAACGCCGUACUUUUCUUUCCUACGUUUUCGUAUUGGAUUGUCACCUCUCAUUUAUGUUAUUUUAUCUUAAAUGUUCACAUAUCCACAAUAAUUGUUUUGUCCCUGUUACAUACUUGAAGUGGAUUUGCAUAUCAAGUCGAAGGAUAUUUUCGAUUUGCGAAGCGGAGCAAUUGGGCCGAGGAUGAAGAGUGUAGCGGCCGGUACACGCGUAGUCAUUGCCGAGGGAUAAUGUUAAUAUGUUUUAUUUGAGUUAUCAAGGUAAUUGGCAUAUUUCCAUUCAUCAUAAAAAUUUUUUUUUAAUUAGUUUGGCUAAAAUGUACUUUACCAUCCCUUGCAAAUUCAAUUUUUUUUUUGGAACUUACUUACAUUAACUAUUUAAAAAUAAUAGUCGAUACAGAAUUUGUCAGUUAAGGUUUGUAUUAAUGCAAAUUAAUUUUUUUUUAAACAUAAAUGUUUACCGAACAAAUACAAUUUCGUGAUAAGAAAAAAAAAUUACCCAAAUAAUAUAUUUAUAUAUAUUAAUAACCUGAAUACAUCAAAGGAUAAAGGAACAAGUUUUUGCGCAUUUUCGAUUAAUACAAAACAUAUGAUAUGUACCUAUAUGUAACCUCCUCUGAAUGGCUACACAUUAUUUCGUGUUUCAUUCGGACCAGACCGCAAAGAAGUUCUGAGUUCUGAGUAGAAAACCUUUGAACAGCUAGCGUAUAUUAACUAUUUGUAAUAAACUAACAGCCGUGGAACAUAUCGCUAAGAUUUACUAAUUUAUCAAAUGGUGGUGUAAUAUAUAAUAACACUCUCAUCAGUUUCUCACCUCGCGUUUUAAAUUAAUUAGUAAAUAGUACGUGGUAUGUGUAAUAUAAUAUGUAAACGUAUAUAAUGUACUAUGUACUGUGUAGACCUACACAUGGGUCAAGUAAAAUUGACAUUAUAGAUACAAUCGUGAUAUAUCCACAAAACACGAUCAACCUCCUACCAAUUUUUAUCUUUUAGUAUUGAUAAUUUUAUUGAUAAAUACCUGCACAUAAAUAUCAUAUUAUUUAAAUAGGUACUUAAGAUUUCGAUUAGAUAUAGAUAGAAGGCGCAUACCCAUUUUGUGAUAGUACAAAUGUUUCUUUUAUGUCAAACGAUAUCCGCCUUUCUUAUCAUGUGAAUUGUUAAUCACUUUAUUUUUGGAAACUUUUUAUGAAUGUCUAUCGAUAUUUAAAUUAGUAGUUUUCGAGUUUUCAGAUUGUAUGUAUAGGUACCUACUAAAGAAUAAUAA